AUGUCAUCUACCAAGCGCCUACGACCUUCGCCAAUGAGUUGCACGUUGGCUGCGUUACCUUCAUUGCUCGAGUUCUUGAACGCCCGCGAGGUAGCAAUUAUAGUAUGUACCCAAAAAAAUGCUGAUCGUAACAGUUGCGCCGCCAUCUGGUUCUGGCUGAACAGUCGUACCCGUUCUCUAUUACCAGCUGUUGAGCCGUCGCGUCCACUUCAAUGGCUACAAGCAGAUGCGUUGCACCUUGUAACAGUAUUGCAGUUGCUGAGACAAUUGCACGCCAUUGAGACAUACACCUUCGAUCUACAUUUUGAUGUUGCACGACGUGGACGCGACGUCAACUUAGCCGAGCAUGGAGAUUCCUACGCGUUACGUUCACAACCUAUUGGAGGUUAUAUAUUUGGUGAUCGAAUUUGUAUUCCAAAUGCAGUGAGCUAUUGGGAAUGUGUCGGAUUUGAAGAAGGUUGCUAUAUUGGAGUGAUGGACGUGUCUACACAGGAUUAUGGUAUUGAUGCUCCACAUGUGAACCCGACACUGUCAUUGCCAACAUCGGCAUUUGAUCACAUUUCAGCAGUGAUCUACGCUGAGAUUGGAUUUAUCACGUCGGGAUCGUUCCGUGGACCUAAAUUGGAAAUUCUAACCAAUGUAUACUUUGUAGGUGCUGACCCGUUCAAGGUAGAGGACCAUGUUGGGGUUCUAGUUGACCUACUUGCUGGAUUUCUCCUUUUUGUACGCAAUGGAGAGCCCCAGGGGACGCGAAUUCCCAUUGAUUGUUCGAAAAACUACUUGCCAGUCUUUCGUACGGACGCGUGCUACAAUUUACAACUUAUUCGUGACGUAUGUCCGCCGUGGCGUAAAAUCUAUUGGUUCGACGGAAGUCUUGAUAAUCAAGACCAAUAUUAUAAUUAUAUCAAAUGA